AUGGCCUACGUGUCUGUCCAUCACUACUUACCCAAGGAUCGGCAGAAGAAAAGGAAGAAAAUAUUGCCACAAACGUAUGAAGAUCCAUGCUCAUCUGUGCUGUGCAUGCGCUCAUUUCGAAAUGAACCGAUCACAAGUUUAGGAUGGUUAUUCGAGAAGAGCAGCAAAGGAACAGUUGAACAAAUGAAACCAAAAAGUACCGAGAACAAGUCAGCAGCUAGACGGCGUUCUAGGAAGCAAAAAGUGAGCAUUUUUUGCUGUUCCACUUGGUGGAGUGAAAAUCAAAACCAAUAG